UCUUCGACUAUGGUCUAGUAGAAUAUACCUACAUAAAAAUGAUAAUCAGGAUUUUUUGGUUUGUUUGAAAAUUCUUAAACGAAUUUUACUAUGCUAUGGAAACUCCUUACGCAGUUUUUUAUAUUGUAACGAUAAACCAUAAGUUGCUAUUUUCAUUAUAAUGAUGUUAAGUGACGACACUUAUGUGGAAGUCCUUGAAAUUUUUUUGUAGUUAUAUAAUAGUCGACCAACGUAGACGUUUUUGUACAAAAUAUUGUUCAUAAUUUAUAAAUUUGUAUUACAAUUUAAAAAAACAAAAAAAUUGUUUAAAACAUUAAAAUGAAGGGUACAAAUAUUUCUAAAGAACAGCAUCCUAAAGAUAAAACUAACUUUAUGGCUCAUUUCUUCUUUCUUUGGGAGAUACCAAUUGUGAUCCAGUAUCUAAGGCAGAAGAUUACAGAUGACUGUUUCAACGUUCCUUUAAAAAAACACGAAGCAGCUGUUUUGGGUGCAAAAUUUGAAGAAAUAUGGAUAUCCGAAGAAAGCCAGAAACGUCCUUCUUUAAUACGAGCACUAGGGAAAACGUUUGGAAUGAGAUAUAUUUUGUAUGGAAUUUUGUAUUUCUGCAUUGAUCUGGUUAUUUAUUUAGGACAACCAUUUCAUCUGAACAAGUUGCUUCACUGUUAUGAUCCAGACCAAACUGCUACCGCAAAGGAUGUACUUUAUCACGGCGUCAUAAUUAUUUUGAUUUCAUUUCUCGGUGUGGUAAUAAUACACUUCUUUUUCCUUGAAUUUGCCACAAUCGGUCUAGAAAUGAGAAUUGCCUGUACUUCCCUGAUAUACAGAAAAUUGUUACAAAGUAAAAAAUCUACACUUGAAAAAAUGACCCACGGACGACUUGUUAAUCUUUUAUCGAAUCACGUUGAAAAAUUUGAUCGGACAGCAAUAUAUUUCCAUUUCAUCUGGAUGGGGUGUCUAAAAGCUAUGGCAAUGAUAAUCUUCAUAUGUGUACAUUUUGAUUACAUAACCACUACUGCAAUUGGAUUAUUUAUUAUAGCUUUCUUAUUUCAAACUUAUAUUACUAGAAGAAAUUUUAACAAUCGUAAUUUCAUUGUGCAGAAAACUGAUUCUAGGAUUCGUUUGCUAAAUGAAAUCAUUUGUGGAAUUCGAGCAAUUAAAUUGUACGUAUGGGAGAAUGUAUUUGCAAAAUGGAUGUACACAGCCAGAAAGCAAGAGCUCGAUGCAAUUUCAAAAGCAAAUUUUCUUCGUUUGACAGUUUGGACUUUCACCGUAUAUGUGCAAAAAAUUGCCCUUUACAUUUGCGUUUUAAUUAAAACAUUAUUGGGCUUCCAGAUAUCAGCUGCAUAUGUUUUUACCGUCGCCAAUAUCACUGAAUUAACAAGAACAACGUUACAUAUUUUAAGCAGCUCACUUAUUUUUACGACAGAAGGCAUAGUUUCACUUAAGCAAAUAGAAGAAUUUUUACUUUCUAAUACAUACAAAAAACGACAACAAGAACCACCUGUAACUUUUAGCUGCAUACUUGAAAACGUAUUUCUUGAAAACUGUUUAUACAAUGUCUGUUUGAAUAUAGCACCAAAGGAGUUAUUAGGUCUUACCGGAGUGUGUGGAAGUGGUAAAACUUCUCUACUAAAAACUAUACUUGGAGAAGUUGAAGUCAAAGGAACCAUUUUUUGUCAAGGAACAAUUUCUUACGCUCCACAAGAACCAUGGAUCUUUUCCGGUUCUCUCGAGGAAAAUGUUUUAUUUGGAGAGAAAUUCGAUAAAGAGAGGUAUACGAAAGUAAUUCAAGUUUGUGCUUUAGAACACGAUUUAUCUCUUUUACCAAACGGUGAAAACACCUUAGUUGGAGAACGAGGUGUAAUGUUAAGCGGGGGCCAAAGAGCUAGAAUAGGUCUAGCACGAGCUGUUUAUAGAAAUGCAGAUUUGUAUCUUCUUGAUGAUUCUUUAUCAGCUGUGGAUAACUUAGUUGCAACUCACAUUUUCAAUAACUGUAUAAGAAACUUUUUGAGUGACAAAAGCAUUAUUUUUGUAACUACUCAAACCAGUUUCUUGAAACAGGUAGAUAGAGUGUGUCUUUUGUCAGAAGGAAAAGUUGAAGCCCUUGGACAUUACAACGAAGUUGAAGACUUGGUUGAUAAAAGUGUGAAAGAAAUAGCACAACCAGUUAUUCAAAGUAAUGACACAUUAUUAGAGAUAAAAGAAAAUAUUGGUAAUACCAAUACAAGUCCUUACAAAAGUUAUUUCAAAGCGGGAGGUUUCACGCGUACUAUUUUACUAUUUUUAUUUUUUGUUUUUGUGCAAGUACAGGUAAAUUCAAUGGAUUGUUUGUUAGCCUUUUGGAUUAAUUUAAAAGAGAGUACAUUCAGAUUAAAUACCAAAAUUUUCUUGUUCACUUGUGGUGCAAUUUCGAUCAGUGUAGUGGUAUCCACUCAUUUAAGUUCUUAUGCCCUUACAAAAUACUGCAAAAGAGCUUCAAGAUGUUUACACAACGCACUAUUUGAAAAGUUACUCAAAGGUUCUAUGACUUUUUUCAAUAAUCAUUCUUCGGGGAGAAUUCUCAAUAGAUUUUCGACCGAUGUUGGAACAGUUGACGAAAUUGUUCCUCUAAGUUUAGGAGAAAUGAUAAGAAAAUUUUUAUACAUUCUUGGCUGUUAUAUCAUUAUCAUCUAUGUUAAUUUCUGGAUGGUAAUCCCGACUAUAAUAUUUAUUUCUCUUGUUGCACUUUACGUCUUGUUAUUUUAUCCUGUUAUAAGUCGAGUCAAACAUUUUGAAGGAUUGAAAAGAAGUCCAAUCAUCACACAGUUAUCAGCUUCAAUCCAAGGUCUGGAAAUUAUCAGAGCAGCCAAAGCCCAAACAUUUCUACAAAAUAAAUUUGACGAAAUACAAAAUCUGCACAGUGCCGCCUUUUACAUGCAUAAAGCUCUAUAUUUUACAUUUUGUUUUUGGACUGACUUUACUCAAUUUUUAUACACUGCUGUAGUAAUAUGCUUUUUCGUACUGUACGGUAACGAAAUGAUUGUAGGAAACGUUGGCUUGGCAAUAACGCAGUCACUAAUAUUUAUUGGAUUGACACAGUAUAUUCUAAAAAUGUGGGCAAAUUUAAAUUCGGAGAUGGUUUCAGUGCAACGUAUUGUCGAGUAUUCUGACUUAGCUUUAGAAGCAGAUGAAGGAUUUUUAACACCGCCGGGGGUGUGGCCAGAGAAAGGAAAUAUUCAAUUUAAUUCGGUUUCAAUGAGAUAUUCUUCAAAUGCGCCGUUGGUCAUCAAAAACAUUAACCUUCAUGUAGAAGGUGGCUCGAAAAUUGGAAUUGUUGGAAGGACCGGUUCUGGCAAAUCGUCUCUAAUUUCAAUCCUAUUUCGUUUAUUUCCGUUCGAAGGUAGUAUCCGCAUUGACGGAAUUGAUACGAAAUUCUUACCUCUAAACAUCCUACGUUCCAAUAUUGCCAUCAUUCCUCAAGAACCGAUUUUAUUCUGCGGUUCAAUCCGAAAAAAUUUAGACCCUUUUAAUGAGUUUGACGAUCCCCAGUUGUGGUCAGCUUUGGAAGAAGUACAACUAAAAAAUGUUGUUCGAAAUCUCGACUCCGAGAUUAAUUUGAGUGUUGGUCAAAAGCAACUGCUUUGUCUAGCACGUGCAGUGUUAAAGAAGUCGAAAAUUAUUGCUCUUGAUGAAGCUACAUCUAGUGUUGAUGUUGAAACUGAUCAUUUGAUUCAGUCGACGAUUAGGAGAAGAUUUCAGGAUUCCACCGUACUAACGAUUGCUCAUCGACUGGAUACUGUUAUGGAUUGUGAUAGAAUUUUGGUUUUGGAGUCUGGAAGAAUGGUGGAGUAUGGAAAAACGGAAGAGCUACUAAAAAAUUCGGAGGGAUACUUCUACAAAUACGUUCAUGCUAGUUGAUUGAUUACUUGUUGACGUUUAACACAAAAAAACUGGUGAAAAAGUCAUGGUGUAAUAAGAAUAAAUGAUCUAAAUUUGUGCAAAAGUUUAGAAUUAAAUUUUUUGCAUGCCCCAGUUACUAAGUUACUAUCAUCAAAAAAAUUUAAGUUAAAAAUGUUUUGUUAAUUAAUAAUUCUUGAAAUAUGAGCAUUUGCUAGAGUUUCUUAGUAUCGCCCACCAUUGUUUCUCGAUCUUCGACAGUUUGCGUGUACUUAUGAGUACAAUAUUAGUGUCUGAUUACGUCCCUGUUUUAAAUGUAUCACAGUAAAUAUAGUCACUCAAGUAUUUUUAAACGUUGACGUUGACGCUCAGUCAAAUC